AUGCCUUCUUCGCCCUCCCUCCCAGUGAAGCAUAACGACUUUGUGAAGUAUGUCAACUCCAACCCGGAGAAGCUCAUGAGCGACUUGGUUCAGCCAUAUAACGAGUAUGAUGCUGUGUUGCGCAAGAAAUUUGCUCAAGAUCCAUCUCACGCAUCAAUCCAAGAUAACUAUGUCAACGUUGUGCCGCUGUACGACCAUAACGGUUCCACAGAUCUUUCCAUUCGGGCUCGGGACCUUGCCUCAGAAACGCCAGAGCGAACAGAGAAGUAUCUGUUGCCCCUGAGUGAGAAAGACCGAAAGCAACAUGGCGCCCGAGCAGUUGUACCCUCUCUGAAUGAGUUCCAGAACAACUUUGCACUCUUCACAGAGGGCUCAUUGAGUGAAAUUGACUGGUCCAACGUUGUUGCUGCUGGCAGCGCUGUUGUGACCUCUCUUUUGCCUGUACCAGAGAAGUAUCGAAACUCCAAGCGUGGCCUUCGCAAGUACUAUCAUGAAGAGUUUGCUCCGGCGUCAGAUGUGGAUCUCUUCUUGUAUGGUCUGAACGAGGAGCAAGCUCUCGAGAAGAUCAUGCACAUCGAGGACAAGAUCAAGAACGCUAUCCUCUAUGAGACCACGACAAUCCGGACCAAGAAUACAAUUACAAUUGUUUCUCAGUAUCCGACCCGCCAUGUGCAAAUCGUGCUUCGCAUCUACCGCUCAGUCGCUGAGAUUCUCACCGGCUUUGACGUGGAUGUUUCGUGCGCGGCUUAUGAUGGUCACCAGGUCUAUACCUCUCCACGUGCAAUUGCAGCAUACAUUACACAAGUGAAUCAGAUUGAUCUGACUCGACGAUCACCAUCAUAUGAGAAUCGUCUCUCCAAGUAUUCGCGCCGUGGAUUCGAGGUUUUCUGGCCUGCUCUUGACAGAUCAAAGGUUGAUCCGACUAUAUUCGAGAGAAGCUUUACCAGAACCGAAGGACUUGCACGACUUCUGGUAUUGGAAAAGCUUCCCAAGUCUCAAGACCGGGACAACUAUCUCCAAAAGAGGCGCGAGGAACGAGGUCGCCCUCCUUUAAGUUUAUACAUGCAACGUCGUCAUGGAAAGAUGUUGCAUGGCAAUAUCAAGGACGACUGGGAAGAUGAGGCGCCUGAAUGGCAAGAGCAAGACCAGGCAUCUGAUUACCAUACUUUUACUAUUCCUUACGGUCGGAGAUUCAACGCCAGGAAUAUUGAGAAACUACUUUACACCAAAGAUCUGUUGCUGAACGCCCAAUGGAAUCAGCCCAAAGAGCGUACAGUUUAUCUUCAUCGUCAUCCAGCAUUCUUCGGCGAAGCAGAACAUGUUAUUGGCGACUGCUGUGGCUUCUGCCCCAAGCCUGUUACCGAGGAAGAAGUCAAGCUUGCCGAAGAGGAGGCCAAGGUGUAUAUCUCUGGUCAUGUUACUUUCAUCAAAGAUGAUCCCGGUCGCCAGGAGAUUGGAAGUUUCAAUCCGAUUACUGAGACUGAUUGGACGGAAAUGGCUUACGUUGGCCGCACUGAGAGACUUUGCCAGGCAAUCGUGGCAAAUGAUGUUGACUCUGUCAAAGCUUUCCUUGCAGAGGAGGGAACAAACCCGAACCGUCGUGACUACACUGGACGGACACCACUCCAACUCGCGUGCAUGUGCUCGACCACUGAAAUUGUACAAUGUCUUGUUGAUGGCGGCGCUCGCAUGAUUCCCCGUAUGGCCGAUGGAAAGACCGCGCUCCAUCUUGCCGCCGCCCGGGGACACGUCGAGAUCAUUCGAAUUCUACUCACAAAGAGCAACGAGAACGAGGAAGAGGAAGCCAAGAAGCAGGAUGCUCUGAAAAAGAACGACAAGUCAGAGACUAAGCCUACCACAGAUGAGGACGAAGAUAUUGAUAUGAUUGACCAAGCUGACGCUAUGUCUCACACCUCUGCCUCCUACGUCAAAGUCGACGCCGAAGAGAAGGAAGAUCUGACUACGUACGAUACACUCGAGGAGAACGAUCUUGAGCCAGAUGUCUACGACAUCAAUGUUGUUGCAUGGGAUAGCAGGACUGCUCCUUUGCAUCUCGCCAUUCUUCAUGGUCACACCGAGGCCGUGAAAGAGCUUGUCACAUCCUUCGGUGCCGAUAUUUUGAUGCCAAUCAAAAUUAUGAACGAGCACUACAGAACACCACAGGCUGCAAUUCUCACCCUGGUUCUUAUCCAUGCCCUUCCAUUCGAGAAAGCAAAGGAGAUGUCCCAGACCCUUCUCGAUCUCGGCGCUUCACCAGCCCAAGCAGACCUCAGCCAGAAGUCACCGCUAUAUUACAUUGCUCAUUCCGACAAGUUCGACCUUUUUGAUAUCUACAUGCAGCAUGAUGAGCCGGCCGUAAAGCGGGCCAUCAAUCACUUGGCAGUUCAGGGCGGGUCCUGGAGACCGGAAUUCUCCUCGGUCUUGAUGGCCGCUAUCACUGCGAGGAACGCUCCCGCAGCAGCUAAGCUGUUGGAUACAGGUGCCCAUAAGGAGAUUGACCUCGGCAACCUUGUGAAGGUUAUUACGGAAUCUAGAGGUGGAACCCAGAGCUACUAUGGCAGCGAACGCAUUGAAGAAGAUGCAAAGUCUAGUGUGAAGCAACCAAUCUUGCUGGCUAUUGAAAAUGAUCUCCCUCUGGUCGCAAUUGAUCUGCUUAAUCGCGGCGUGAACCCCAACAGUCCUACUACCCAACUCAAGGGGAGAUAUCAAGACAAGGGUCAAACGGUAUUAGACUUCAUGCGCCAAACUUUGAAAACGCUCCGUGACUUCUUGGUCGAGCGCAAGUCUCAAUGCUUUCAUCAUCCCAUUCCAACUCCACUCAACUCAAAUGACGAGACAUAUUUAUCGGAGUUCCAAUCUGGUAGUUACAAAGGGUUCACUGCAAAGGAUCUGCUCCGCAACCUGCGCAAGAACAACCGAGAGGCCGAAGAACAAGCCAAAAAAUGUGGAGCCAACGCUACUGAUCCCACUGGCUUGGUCGAGAAGAAGGUGUUCAUUGCGGAUUUGAUUCGCGACUAUGAGAAGCUGGAGACCCUUCUGCUGGAAAAAGAUGCAAAAACAUGGGACGAGCUUCAUCCUCCGCAGAACGUUCCCGUGACGUUCCCACACCAAGUUUCGACCGAGUGGACAAAGCCUACUACUGAGCCUUGGAAAGUCAACUUCAAAUUUAAUGUACCAGCUAUUACUGACAAUGCUCGCGACGGAUACCUACAACUCUUCGAAGCAGCCUGGAAUGGCGACAUUGAUACCAUCAAAUCAUUGACAAUGGGCAUGUGGGGACCUCUGAAUGACCAAGCACCACUUGAGAUUGCUGUGACCGACAAGCAAAACCUGUCUGCUCUUUCAAUUUCCAUCAUGCGUGGCCAUUUCGCCGUCGCUAGGGCCAUUCUUCAAAUUCUCCACGUCCAGUACAAGGUGAAGGAGCCUCAGGGUCAGAAGCGCUUCGAGAUCGACGUCGAAUGCUCUGAUGACUCCGAUGACUCAGAUGGAGAGAACGAAGGACUUAACAUUGUCAGUGAGAUUGUCGAUGAUACCUUCACCUACGAAAACAUCGGCGAAGUUACCAGUGAUGUCAAGAGCAAUACUUCCCCUCUUGCCGCUUUCGAGGCUCGGUUUAAUGCCUUCUUGUUUUUGGACGAAUACGAAGAUGAGAGCUCUUGGGACAAGAGAGAAAAGCCUGUCAAUGUUGACAGCUUUUUGAAAUACGCCGUCUACACAAACAACAUCUCUCUUUUGGAAUUCCUUCUAAAAACUGGCCUGGAUCUUGCUCGCACCAACCCAGCCAGACCGUGUGACUUUUCAGUAACGUUCGAUGUGUUCCAGCUUGCAAUUUCGCUCGGACGUACCGAUUGUAUUGCAAAGAUGAUUCAAAGUGCCGGAGCUGGCCUUCCGCUUACAAAAUUGAGCGACGACUGUGGCGUUGAAGAGAAGAUAGAGCCUGAGUACUACCCUGGGUUGUCAGGGCAGCGCCCUCCCCUUCUUGUCGCUGCCCGUCAGGGUAAUCUGGCCGCUACAGAGUUCUUCCUUGGUACCGCGCCUGCUCGCUAUUACAUGGAGUAUCUCAAUGCAAAUAAGGAUGAUGAGAGAGUCAAACGAUUGACUCAGUCCAAGCUCGGACUCGAGGGAACACUCCUAAACUGGCUACAAGCGAAAAAUAACCUCGUUCUCCACUGCGCAAUCAUGUCCGACCCAAGUGACGAAACUGUUCGUCUGGUUCAAUACCUUGUCAACCAUUAUCCUGAAUGCUUGGAGGUCCGAUCGACAGAAGGACUGACGCCUCUCGCCUGGGCUAUUUCUCUCCACAAGGUCCGCUUCGCCCGCAUCUUGGUAGAAGCUGGAGCCAACCAGGCCGUCCGCGACAAAGAGGCGCGCAAUCUCCUCCACUUGAUCCUUGUAUCAAACAGUGGUAGAGUCUGCAAGAACUCCCACCGAUUCAACAAACUUCUAGGCCUACUAGAUAGACAACUCAUCCCAACAAUGCUUAUGGAACGCGCCGGUGAUGGGUCAAGAACACCCUUUGCACGAUGGCUUGACGCCUACCCUCACUUCACGCCAACAGAUCCGGCCAUCCCUCGGCUUCCUAACAGUGGCCAAACUGACGAUGAGAUGAUAACCUCCAUCACAAACCUCAUUCUGGACCUAGCCAACCCCACAGACCAAAAGCAUCUGGAGCUCUUUGACGAAGCUGGAAACACACCGGUGCAUGAAGCUAUCAAGAAGGGUUUCUCCCAAGUCCUUGGACUACUUCUCGAUCGUCGUCCUGACAUGCUCCAUCGGGAGAAUGCCACUGGUACAACUCCCCUUGAAAUGGCUGUUGACGCUUGGGUCAACAAGAGUACUUCUGGACCACCUACUAGUCCUCCGGGAUCGUCGCAUAGCCACCCUGAGUGGCAAAAUGCCGUUAAUCGUGACCCCCGAUUCUUCAUUCCCGGUAUUAGGAUGAAGUACGACCAAGAGAAGGCUAUGCUUCGGGUUUGUCGCGCACGGGCUCAGCAACGGCCUGCAAAGAGACGACUUGUCAGUCUGUUUGAGGCGAAUGAGGUAGCGAAGAGAUUGGCGGCGGCGGGACGGACUACUGGUCGGAAUGGUGGCUCCGAAGAUGAUAAUGAGUCUGUGGCUAAUGAUGAGCCUGAGGCGUGGGGAAGCGUGUUUGCUCAUUGGUAG